AUGCUUGCAUUUGUCACCGUCGGCUCGACGCGCUUUGACAGCCUGGUGAAUUGCGUUUUUUCGCAGCCCGUGCUUUCCAGCCUCCGGGACAAGGGAUAUACACAACUCAUUAUCCAAUGCGGAAAUUCAGAACUCGAUUUACGAUACCUAUUGCAGGAAAGGGAUGUUUUCGCUUCGGAGAACUAUGGGAUUCAUAUCGAAUGCUGGAAAUAUAAACCAUCGUUAAGAGGAGAAUAUGAAAGGGCGGAUCUGGUCAUAAGCCAUGCAGGUUCUGGGUCAAUCCUCGAAGUUCUUCGACUGGGCAAGCCUCUCAUUGUCGUACCAAAUGCAAGUCUUCUCGAUGAUCAUCAGCAAGAACUAGCGACAGCAUUAGAAGAAAUGAACCACCUCAAAGUUUCUACAAUUUCUGACCUUGCGAGGAACAUAGCUCAGUUCAAACCCGACUCGUUUUCCCAAUUUCCUGCAUACGAUGGAUCUCGAUCGUCGAGUGUUAUGAAUUUCUUUGAAUUUCACCACCAUCUCAGGUUCUAUCUACGCCUCAUGAAAAGUGUAAUAGCGACCUCGGUCUCUGGAGACCCCCAAGAAUACGAGAACAACCAUGUCCAUGUUGUUUAUGACCAAAUUGCACCUCAUUUUUCGUCCACACGUUACAGGCCUUGGCCUAUCAUCGCGAAGUUCUUGUCCGAUAUACCCAGCGGCUGGGUGGGAUUCGAUUCCGGAACUGGGAAUGGAAAAUACCUACCACUUCCUCUAGAUUCCCCUGGAAAAAUAUGGACGAUUGGAUUGGAUCGAAGCAGGAAUCUGCUCGAAAUUGCCAGAUCAGCAGGAGAUGGCAAUACUAUCCGUGAAGUUAUUUGUGGUGACGUUCUUAACAACGUAUGGAGAGACAAUGUCUUUGACUAUGCGAUAUCUAUUGCAACGAUUCACCACCUUGCAACACCUACACGACGGAAGGAGGCGGUUCAGCGGCUGCUACAGGCAGUCUCCCACAUCCAUGGUCGGGUCCUCAUAUACGUAUGGGCAACAGAACAGGAUGAUUUCUCAAAACGACGGAUACCUAACCUCGACAGCUCUUCUGGUUCGGACGUGUUUGUUCCGUGGGUGAUCCCAAAAGUAAAACCCGAAGAGAAUGCCCAAGUAUUCAAUCGCUACUAUCACAUGUUCGCUGGCGGUGAACUGCUGAUGCUGGUUACAGAAGCUGCUCAAGAGAUUGGGUUGCAGGUAGGACCACAGGAGAUGGCGUCAGCGAGGAACGGAAUCGAAAUCCUUCAACGCGGAUGGGAGAGAUCGAAUCAUUAUGUGGAGCUGAGAUUUUGGACAUCCCAAAGCUAA